AUGAUGGUAGUUAUUAAGGAGCAGUUAGACAACAAGUUUGUGGCUUUACAAGGAGCUGUACAAAAUAGCCUAAAGACUGCCUUCACGGAAUUGCAGAAGAGGGUAGCGCGCCUUGAAACAUCGAAUGUAGUAGCAGCUGGUUCGGGUGUAGUUAGCACAGUACAUGCACCCAGCUUGAAAGUACCUUCCUAUGACGGCAGUACUUCAUGGACCGCGUACCGUCAGCAGUUCCAGACUAUCGCUGCUAUGAACGGUUCCGGAAACGGAUAUAAACAAUUGUUGGAAGCACUCAAAUCAAAAUAUGGGGAACGUUAUCUGGAACAAGUAUUCCGCGCCCAGCUGCGUGAUAGAGUUCAACGCCUGAGAGAAGGACUACAGCAAUGGACGUUGGAAAUUGAGAAGAUCGUACGGAAAGCGUAUCUUUCGGCCUACGCGAGAAUCGCAGAGUCGAAUACGGUGCAGGCAUUUGUGGACGGGAUCAGGGACUUGGAGGAGUACUAA